ACUGCAUACGCAAGUACCGAAGCCACUUUACGGCCGACUUCAAAGACCUUUACCCCAAGGCCGUCUUCUAAUUUUCCCCUUGUACUGCGAUAUACGAUAUAGAAUCAAGUAUCAGUCUUCAGUGUUGUAAUAAAUCUCGAGUUGAGUUUCUUCUUGCAGGUAACUGAACAUAAAAUACUGGGGACAGUACGUACUGUAACUAACCCCGCGUUGCCUGGCAACCACUAAAAGCAAUCAUGGAGCCUAUCAAACUUCAACUCUCCAACUUUGGUCCCAUCAGUCAACGACACCUCAAGAUAUAAAAAAUAUUUUACGCGACUACUAGUACAUAAUGAGUACCGCAGCAUGAUCAUCGCAUAGAAAGGAUAAAUGGCAAAUAUGUCUGACGCGUUAGGGGAUAGUAGUGAGGACGAAUUUCCAGAGGUCGACGUGGUUGUCCGACAAUAUCGACACAAAGUGAAAGGUAGACAACCAGAGGGAGAUCGCGAUGACGAAGAAUUCAGUUCACGAAAUGUAACCAAAACUACAUCGCAGAAGAGAAGCGAGGUUACAAAUACGCCUGCAGUGAAAGCAACGCCUCUUCGGCGGCGGAAACUAGGCCAAACCCAAACUACUGACCAGUCUCUUCUAAAGCCCUGGGGAAAGACAGUAUCUAGCAAAGAGGAGAAGAGUCGGGCCCCAAAUUCCAGAGGCCAUCGCGCUACUGUCCAAGUCAAAGGAGAAAUUAUCGAGCUCGAUUCUUCUUCCAAGGUCGUACCAGAACUUAUGUCAUCAAGAGCCCGACAACAUGAUCAUCAUGGUGUUUCAUCGAGUACAGACUCAAAGCCAAUUUCAAUAAAGGCUGAGAAGCUUCAGAGGGAUGGCAACAGAAAAGCCUCGAAUAUAAACACGAGACCAGUCCCUAAGAAGUUGCCUAAGAGUUCACUGCUUUCGAAUGUGUCUGGUGAAGAAUCAGAUAUGUUCGAGGACAUUCAGGAGUCAAGUGAAGAGGUGUCCGAGUUCGUCUCUGAAUCAGAUUCGGAAACAGAUGCUUGGAAUUCAGGUUCUGAACAUUCUGUGACACCGCGAACACGGCGUUCAAGAAGUCCCACCAUCCAAUGGGCAAAUCCACAAAGAACAUUAUUCAAAAGCCCAGAUAAGAAAGCGGCUCCCAGCAACAAACAACCCCAGGCAACAAUCGAUGAUCUAACCAAACGCCCACCCAAACAACGGGGGACGCUUAAAACGUUAAAGGCAUCCCAAUCAGGGGGAAACUUGGAAGAUGUUUUCCAAAAACUUCAGAUCUUUAACGAGGACUCAGAGCCAGACGAGCCCUCGGUAAAAAGAAAUCAGAAACCCAUCCUAGAACCUACCACGCCCAGGAAAACGCUCAAGACAGUCCCGGCCUCCCCCCUCAAAACACCCAAGAUCCCCGCGUCACCCUGGAAGCCCGAGCACAAGGAAUUUUGGGACUCCGAGGCGCAUUUCGGCUGGAUCGACAAGCACUCGCCGGAGAAGAAGCCGGAGAGCCCCAAGAAAGCCGAGGCCAAGCCGACGGCGCAGGAGCUUAAGGCCGAGGCGAAGCGCAAGUACGGCACGAGCCCGGAGAAGAAGAAGGCGCGCAUGGCCUUCGACGCGGUCAAGGAGGAGCUCGCACGCUCCUUCCUCCAGGAGCUCGACGACCGCAUCACGGACGGCAAGCUGUCGCGGCUGACGGAGGACACCGGCGGUCUGCGCAUCACGUGGUCGAACGCGCUCCUCUCGACGGCCGGGCGCGCGCACUGGAAGUGCAAGACGCAGUCGACGACGACGAAGAACGCGGACGGCGUGCAGACGAGCCGGCACGAGACGCGGGAGCAUACCGGGACGAUCGAGCUCUCGAGCAAGGUCCUGUGCAACGAGCACGACCUCCUCAACACGGUCGCCCACGAGUUCUGCCACCUCGCCGUCUUCAUCCUCAACGGCAAGCCCAAGGCCCCGCACGGCGCCGAAUUCAAGGCCCUGGGCGCGCGGUGCGGCCGCGCCUUCGCCGACCGCGGCAUCGUCGUCACCACCAAGCACAACUACGAGAUCGAGUACAAGUACGUCUGGGAGUGCGAGGGGUGCCGGGCCCAGAUCAGGCGGCACUCGCGCAGCAUCGACCCGGGGACCCAGCGCUGCGGCACGUGUCGCGGCGCGCUGAGACAGGUCAAGCCUACGCCGCGCGGCGGCGGCGGGGGUGCUUCGACGCCGACGAACGGCGUCGAGGGAAGUAGUAGCGGUGGCCCGGCAACGGCGAAGAAGAAGCCGAGCGCGUGGCACGAGUUCCUGAGCCAGGAGAUGAAGGCGCUGGGCCAGAGCAAGCCGGGCAUGUCGUUCAAGGAGAAGAUGGCGGUCGCGUCGGCCAAGUGGAAGGAGCGGGAGAGGACGAUCAAGGAGCUGCGGACCGCCGUGGAGGUUCUGAAGAUCGAGGAUGGCGACCAGGACGAAGUUGAGGUGAAGCAGGAGGAGGAUGGAGCAGCGAAGGAUCAGCCUAAUGCCUAGAUGGGCGGCUCGAUAUACCGGCGCUUGCGACGUCUUCUAUUUAAGUUUCUGGAGUAAUAGACUGGAAAUGGCAUUACGAUUACGGAAGGGUUAUCACAUUGAACGGGUCUAGCAGAUUGUAUCUACCGAGCUCGCGGGCGGACAGACAUAAUGCGGUUCUAUGUACCUACGCAGGUAGUUAGAUGCCCGUGAUGGGUAUGGCAGGCGCGCUGUCUACAUAGGGCGUCGUCUUAAUCGUCUGGAUGACUUAAUGAGAUUGUCACUUUUUGGAGAGCCCAUCACUUCAAUUUCACGUUGAUCGUCGUCGUACUUAUAGUUCCUUUUGCAUCUAAAC